AUGACCAUAUUACCCAAGCAAGUAUUGGUAGCACACAAAGUAGCGAACUCCAAUAUUCACGAUGUCAAUCUAUUAACAUAUGACGAAGCAAUUUGCCUCUUGAGUAGGUGUGCAUUUGGGAAAGAGAGUCCAAAUCCUGGGUACGAAAAGCUAUCAAGAGACAUUGUAAGUUAUGCUGCUGGUCUCCCCUUGACAAUCACAGUUUUGGGUGCGUUUCUCUGUAAUGCAAAUGAGCGUGUAUGGAUAGAUACCUUUGCAAGACUUGAAAAAAUUCCAUUGGAUGAAACUCUACGAAAGCUGGAAUUCAGCUAUAUGGGUCUAGAUAUCGAUUGCAAGGAAAUAUUCCUAGAUGUUGCAUGCAUAUUGAAAGGUUGGAAGGAAGAAAAAGCAAUCAUAGCGCUUGAAAGCCGUGGAUUUCAUGCUAUACAUGGUUUGACUGUUCUUCAGAACAGAUCUCUCGUAACUAUUUAUAAAUAUGGGUACUUGAUGAUGCAUGACCAUAUAGAAGAAAUGAGGAGAUACAUUGUUCGUCGUUUGAACCUUAAUGAGCCUGGAAGACACUCUCGAUUGUGGAUUAAGAAGGAAAUUGAAGAUAUAUUGGUUAACGAUUUGGGGACUGAAGCAACAUGUAUAGAKUUGUUCACGACAAAAGUCAAUMAAAAAACUAUUAUGAAAGGYCUUARAAAGAUGGAGAAACUUCGAUUUCUUCACGUGAUCGACUGUGCAAUAGAUUUGGACUUUGAUGAAGAUGGCGGUUACUUACCAGAUUCUUUGCAAWAUMUGAAGUUCCAACAUUGUCGUUUACAUGUUUUACCGAAAACAUUUCAAGGAAGUAAUCUUGUUGCUCUUGAAAUUUGGGGCAUGAAACAACUUUGGGAAGGGGGAAAGAGAAAGGUUCUUCCCAAACUCCGAUUCCUUACGCUCCGUUGGUCAAGUUUGAGGACCUUUGACCUUGGGCUAACUACAAAUCUCGAGAUAUUAGAUCUUGAAUAUAGUCGUGAUUUGGUAGAAUUUCACAUGCCUCUUCCAUGCCCAAAACUCAAAUCCCUCAAACUCAGUAGUUCAAAGUUGAGUACCCUUGACCUUAAGUUGGUUCCGAAUAUCGAGACAUUGAAUCUUAUGGAAUGUUUAGAUUUGGUAGAACUUCACAUUCCAUUUGAAUGUCCACAACUCAAAUUCAUCAACGUGAGUAGUCCAAAGUUGAGGUCCCUUGACCUUAAGUUGGUUUCGAAUAUCGAGACGUUAAAUCUUAAUGRKUGUUGUGAUUUGGUAGAACUUGUCAUGCCAUGUAAAUGUCCACAACUCACAUCCCUCAACCUGAGUGGUUCAAAGUUGAGGUCUCUUGACCUUAGGUUGGUUUCGAAUAUCGAGACACUGAAUCUUCAUGGAUGUAAGGAUUUGGUAGAACUUUGCAUCCACCGUGAAUGUCUACAUCUCAAAUCCCUCGACUUGAGUUGUCCACCUUCUUUGAGGUCCCUUAACCUUGGACCAACUUCGGAUUUCGAGAUAUUGAAAUUAGAAGAAUGUGAUUAUUUGGUAGAACAUGACAUGUUCCUUGAAUGUCAACAACUCAAAUCCCUUGUCCUCGAUAUUCCAAUGUUGAGGACCCUUGACAUUGGGUCAAUUCCGAAUCUCGAGACAUUAAAACUUCAAGGAUGUUAUAAUUUGGUGGAACUUCGCAUGCACGAUGAACGUUGCAAACUAAGAACCCUCAGCCUUGGAUGUCCACAGUUGAGGACCUUUGACCUUGGGAUGACUCGGAAUCUUGAGGCUUUGACUCUUGAUGGGCAUGAUGAUUUGGUACAACUUCUCGAUUCCGUCAAAUAUCAACAACUCGAAGACCUCGAAGGAUGUCGUUUUUAUGAAGCUAUCACACAAGAAUGGACUCAGCAGGUGCAGGAUAUGAUUUGGAAUUAUCAUGAUGAGGCUGCAGCCCAGAAACAACAGUCACGUUUGGCGGUUUUCUGGGAUCGAUUGGAAAAACUGUCGAGAGGGAGACGGGGACGAGAACCAGAGGAUAGAAAUCGGAGGGCAGAACCAGAAACAGAGAAAGAGAGCAGAAAUCGAUCGAUUGAGAGGGAGCAGGACGGGAAACUGUCGAGGAGGAGGGAGCAAGACAGGAAGCCGAUCGGGAGAGGGAUUGAUCAGAAAUCGACCAGCAGAGAGAGUAAGCAGAAACUGUUGAUCGAGAGGGAUUGA